AUGGAUAAUGAUGAUAGAUUUAAUCAAGUCAAUACUCUCAUUAGAAAAGAAGGAAUAACAAUCAAAGGAUAUUGUGUGAAUGAUAAAAGAAUGAUUUGUUUCAGUGAUAAUAAUAGAAUCAUUUAUUAUAACAUUGAUACACAAGAAAGUAUAAUUCAUACACCACCACCAUUAAUGAAAUCAGCACCAAUUAUUAGUAUUGAUUGUUAUGAAGAUUUAAUACUCACAAAUUCAAUGAUUUCAGGAACAACCAAAGGAUACUUUUUAUCAGCAAGAAUCUUUACAUUAUAUUCAAAUGAUAAAACACUGAGAGUAAUUGAAUAUCCUGAUACAUCGAUUGUUGGAUUUGGACAACGAGGACAUGUUGAUGUAUUAUCAAAUUCAUGUUUAACACAUGUUACAGCAAAAACAAAAGAAGUCGGACAAUUUAUGUUAGCAACAAGUAAAUCAGUAUUUUUAUGGUUAUGUGAUUUAAAUGAUGAGAAAAUGAAUAGAAAUGAAUCAAAAUAUCAGAGUUGUAUUCCACCAUUCACAUGUCCACCAACAGAAUAUUAUCUGUAUAAAAAAUCCAAAGAAACACUCCCACAUCUUUGUAUAUUACAUAAUAACACAAUAAGUUUGUAUGAAGAAAGAUUUGAUGAAGGGAAAUUUAGUAUUGAAAUAAUUAAAGAAAUCAAAGUUAAAUCACCAAUAUCUAUUAUUUGCUGUGAUACAAUCAUUUUAACACAAUAUAAUAAUCAAAUUAAAGUUAAUCAAGGGAAUAGAGAGAAAGAAAUAAUAAAUAAUACACCAAUAGAAGAAAUUCAGAAUAAUGAUAAAAUGAUAGUAAUACUCACAAUGAAUAGAUUCAAAAGUAUAGACAUUCCAACAGAAGAAGAAAUGAUAGAUGAGAUAGAAAAUGAAGAAGAACAAAUAAAGAUAUGCAUUGAAAGAAAAGGAACAAUGAAAAGAAAAGGAAAAGAAAUCAUAAGUAAAAUGGCAAAAGAAGGAAAAGAUUGUUGGGAAUAUGCAAAAGAAUUAGAAUGUGUUGAUACAUUAAUUGAAUCCACUCCUGAUGAACAAAAAGAAAUAAUAAUGAAUAAAAUAAUUUCAGAAAUAAAUGAGAAAGGAAAGAAAAUUGAAAUAAAUAAGAAAAAUGCAUGGGAAAUAUUUGUGAUGGGAUUGAAAAAUAAAGAUAGUACAAUAAGUGAAAGAAUAAUAGGAUGUUAUUCAAAUAUAUUAGAUAUUGCAUCUGUGAUCAGUAUAUGUAUUGAAUAUUCAAGAUAUUCUACUAUUUUCACAAUGUAUAGGUCAUUAGGGAAAAAGACAAUUGAAGCAUUUCGCAUUGUUUCACAUAACAUUCUCAAACAUGGAAUCACACCAACAAGUUUAAUUGAAGAAAGCAUGAAGAACAAUAUUGAAAUGCUUAUCACAAAUGCAGAAAGAUGUAAUGCAGAAGGAGAUGAUAAAGAAAUAAUUAAGAUAGUAUUUAAUAAUACAUAUGGAAUGACAUUAAUUGAAGAAUUAUUAUUUGUAAAGACAAAACAAUAG